AUGUCCGACUUCUUCCACAACCGGAGCACAACCAGCACACGUCGCAGUGACUACGUGUGGCAGUACGAAUACUAUGACGACGAGGAGCCCGUGUCUUUUGAGGGACUCAAAGCGCACAGAUACUCCAUUGUCAUCGGCUUCUGGGUUGGACUUGCUGUGUUUGUCAUUUUCAUGUUCUUUGUCCUCACGCUGCUCACAAAGACAGGAGCGCCACACCAAGAAAACCAAGAUCCGGCUGAAAAGCGCCAUCGACCUGGCAGCUGUUUGGUAGACAUCGGCAGUCCCCAGGACGAAGACGACAAAGCCUUUUCUCGCCCUUUGCUAACUGAGUCACGCUCAUAUUUUCACUUCUACAUCAACGAAGAGGAUCCGAGUAAUGGGAAGAAAAAACCAGAGCACAAGAGAGGAGGAAAGCCCAGCGGGGCCCGAGCCCAGCAGGGGAUCCGAGGGAUCGGCUCUUCUGGGAUGGAUGAGAUGGAAAACGAUGUUGAGGAAGCUGAGGAACACCAACCCCUCAAGGCACUGAUAGAGGAGAGUAAGAGCGAUAGAGAGCGGGCCUUCUUUUCUCAUUUCAACCUCCCUAACUUUGUGAACUUGGAGCACAGUUCAACACUUGGAGAGGAAGACCUUCUGUACGAGCCCUCGGUCAUACUGGGCUCCAAGGAUGCUCACUGUGACGGCCACUAAGUCUGUUCCUCCAUAAACAUCCACAGGCAUGUACAUGUACUUCAUAUUUCUAAAAUGUUCUUUCCUUCCGCAUAUAAUCAACGGCCAUUUGAGAGAGGGAAACAAACUGCCAAACAGCUGGAUUUUUGCUAUAAAGCGUCUAAGCUUGGAGAAUGUUUAGAUCAAAAAGAAAGAGGGAAAAUAAAGAUCGCUAAAGUUACAUAUUAAGUGCACCUCACAGUUAUGCGAUAACAUUUCUUCCCAAGGAUAAAAUUAUCUCAUAAAUGAAAUUUUACUUUGAGUACUAGGUUCCUCUGAAUUGGAUGUGACUAUUCUAUCUUCACUGGAUGUCUGCUUUGCACAAUUUGCUCUGCUAUUUAUGCCAUCAUGCUUUCUCGUGCAACGAUAAUGGACAUCAUCAUACCAGAUGGUCUACCAACAAGAUUAAAGGCAUAUAAUGUAAUAAUUGUAAGAUGAUGUGGACUUGAACCGUGUGAUAUAAAAUCCAACAUAGCUAUUAGUAUAAGUAACCGGAGACCUUGGGGUGACAACUUCAUAUAAUACUUUUGUAGACAGAUCUUUUGAUUUACGUUUACUUAAUUUUGAUUGCCCGAAUAAAGCCUAAACGGUUUUAUUCAUUCAACUCAUCACUGUUGUGGUAGAGCCUUUUCU